CGAAGCGACCUUCGGAAGGCUGCGCAGGGCGAGAGCAAACGGUGGGAGGGUUCGCUGCUGUCCGGUGGCGGCCGGUAGUGACGAUGGCGGACGCCGCAGUUGCGUUCGGAUUGUCGUCUGUGACUGAAGUGGCAGCGGGUCUUUAUUUCACUACCAAAGUCUGCGCGCUCUUACGCGCUUGUUCACCAGCUGCCUUGCUUGCUCAUCGAUGUUGAAGUUCAUCUGCGAUAACAGCUACGAUAGUAUUUGUGAUGGGCCUGAAACAUCAAAUGUACUGUCUACGUGGUUGCACGGGGCAAAAGACAUUGAUCGACAAGUAGGGGCAACAAGUGGACUUCGAACACAAGAAGAUAAUGCUAAUGAAGAUAUUUUGGAUGUUCACGAAAGUGAUGAUCAGGAAAGUAAUUUUGAGGUUGCUGAAGACGUGAUAUCUUCCAUGCUUUGUAAAAACAAUCCACAAGAAGGAGCUCACAGAUGUAAAGACUAUGGCAAAGUCCUCCAUGUUUUACCUGAGUGUUCCAUUGCUUUAGAAGAUGAAGAAGGAGGUUAUGGACAAAAAAGGUUGUCAAAUGUGUAA